AUGGCCUCAAUUGAACGGAGCCUAGGCGCUGAAAGAAGUGUUGUGCAAGAUACAAUUCGAAAUUUUAAUUUAAGAAAUGAAAAACUAAAGCAACUUUACUCAAAUGAUAAUCAUCAAUUAGAGAGUCCAAAUUGUAUAGGCUUGAAUUGGUUAACUAGUCAUUACAAUGAUCACAGGAAUAUAAAUCAUAUUGAUGGAGAUCUUCUAAUUCCGGAAGAUAUUCCAAUAUCCCCAAUUAUUAAUGAAAAAAAUGAUACAAUCGAUAUUAAAAAUUCCCUUAUACAACAAAUUGAUAACAUUCAAAUGCGUUUAGCCAACGUUAUCUCAUUAUGUGCCAUAAAUAACAAGCAUAAACUUACAGAAGAUAUUAGAGAUACUUAUCCAAAAAGUAAGGAAAAAUUUCAAAAAACAGAGAAACAAAUACUCUUAAAAGCUCCUAGCAUUAACACUUUAUUAUUAGUUGAUGAAUUUCCAUAUCUAAGCAAAGAAGGAGAUUCUGAAUAUAUCUUUCUUAACCGAAAUUUAUCACACUUAUCCCCAGAUUUAUCUAUGUACCAGCAUCACUCUGGUAUCAUUGAAAACAGGCAGACAGAGGAUAAUAGCUAUUUACAAGAAGAACUAAAGUGCAUUAAUUCAAAUCAUAUUUCAUCUCCCGAAAAGAUUACUGAAAAUUUAAUAAUCCAGAAGCAAAUUCCAAAUCAUGUAUUCAAAAUAAAAAGUCCAAAUGUGCAAUUUUUGACCCCAAAUAUUAAAUCUCCUACCAACUUUACUGGCAAAGGUUUAGGCUAUGAAUCUAAUAAUGAGAUUUUUGAUAUUUCCUCCAUAACUUCUAGUGGCAGUUGUAGUAAUUCAAGACUAGACUCUGAAGUUAAUGAACAAUCUUCCUAUUUACAAGAGCAUAUUCCAGGAAAUAAUUACGACAAAGCCAUCUUUAGUUUAACAGAGGUAAAUUUGAAUAAAAAGGUAGAGGAACUGGCUGAAGAAACAAAAGCUAAAAAUAGAAAUCUUUUUUAUAAGACUAAUAUUGAUGUUAUCCAAGUAGCAAAUAAUUUUGACGAUAAUAAGAUUUUACAUGGAAACACCACAUUAUCAGACCGAAAUCUUAAAACUAUUGAAGCCCAAGAAGAAAGUAGAAAUAACGAGGAAAAUAAAGAUGAACAUUUAGAAAAAAUUAUUAGGUCUAAAUAUUUUGAACAAAAUAAAUAUACUGACAAAUAUUUGGAGCAAAUGAAAUUAAUUAAUGAGGAGAUUUUAGAUUUUCAUAACGGAAAUCAAAGGCUUAUUUCUUUACAUCCUGAAGGCAAUACUGCAACUGAAUUUCAUGCAAACAAAGGUCUACAUAUCGUUCAUAAUGGAUCCAACAGUUCGGUACACAGCACUAAUAUUGAGAAUGAUGAUAGUCAAAUAUUGAAUAGCAUAAUCAAAUCUUCUAAAAUUAAAAAAGAGGUAGAAGAAAUGUAUGUAAAAAUUGUUUCGGAACUGAAGAAUAAAGUUGAAUUAGAUAACUCAAUAGUCACGGAAGAAAGUAUUCCGUCCAAUAAACAAAAUUGGUUCUCGUCAAAGCUUUCAAAACAUUCUAUGGGAUAUCUAAGGUGGAAAUCAAAAAGUAAUAGGGAUGAUUAUUAUGCACAGCAUUUUAAAAGCAAACUAAUCCAACGUGCUUUGAAUGAAGAUGUCAAUAUAUCUGACCCUAGCCUAAUAACGACUCAAAAAAUCAAGUAUGGUUUAAAAGAUAUUAUUUUGGAGUUACUAGAGAAGAAAAUGGGUUGUUACAAUGGUACAGAAAAUAUUGAAAAUAGAAUAAAUUGGCAUAGUAAAUAUAUUGAUGAAGAUAAAUUGUUUUUAAAAGAUUACAUAAAAAAUCAAUGGCCAGAGUAUUUUGGUGAUUUGUUGUAA